CCUCCCCGAGGCCGCGGGGAGGCGCUUCUUCCUUCUCGGGGCGGCGGCGGAGAGAAGGAGCCGAGGGUCCAGCAGCCAUUUUUUCGGGCCGGCCCGAGAGCGUUGCCGGCGGAGACUCGGGGUGAGUGCGGGAAAUCUGGAGGAAACUCCUUCCCCGAGAGGGAUAUGACGUGUAAUGGCCCCGUUUUGGAGGAUCCGUCCCCCGACCUGGCUGAGUUGGCUUCCAGACAAGAAACCUUUGCCAAUUUUCCAACUCGCUGCCCCGUUUCUUCCUCGGACCUAGCCCAGGCCGGAUUCUUCUACACGGGAGAAGGGGAUCAAGUCCGGUGCUUCCGCUGCCUAGCGACCCUGGAAGGAUGGGAAGAGGGAGAUUCGGUGGUUGUUAAACACAAAAACGUCUCUCCGAACUGCCCCUUUAUCAACGAGGCCAACUUCGAAGAGGGUCGUCUACUUUCCGGGAUCCCGAAUGGUCCCCCCGGAAGAGAAGCCGCCACCUCCGUCCCACCCAAUCCUGAGCUCUCUUCCGAUUUCGAGGCCGAUUACUUGGUGAGAACCGGGCAAGUGGUGGAUAUCUCGGGCUCCCCAUAUCCCCAAAACCCAGCCAUGUGCAACGAAGAGGUCCGGCGGAGAUCUUUCCACCAUUGGCCUUCCUACGCGCCCGUCAGCCCGGAAGACCUGGCCAAUGCGGGGCUCUAUUACCGAGGCAUGGCGGAUGAAGUGGAGUGUUUUUGUUGUGGGGGAAAGUUGAAAAACUGGGAGCUGGGGGACCAGGCAUGGUCGGAGCACCGCCGGCAUUUCCCGAGAUGCUUUUUCGUCCUUGGGCAUGAUGUUGGGAAUGUUGGGAACAUUGCCCAUCCGCCAGGGGAUGGACAGUUGGACCGAAGCAGUACCACCCACUGGGGGUCUCCUCUUCCUCCUCCUCCUCCUCAUAACCCCUCCAUGGCGGAUUUCGCAAAGCGCCUCCAGACCUUUGGGGCGUGGAAUUACUCGGUGAGCAAGGAGAGGCUUGCUCAAGCUGGCUUUUACAGUCUAGGUGUGGCUGACGGCGUCGAAUGCUUCUGUUGCGGUGGGGGACUGAAGGAAUGGAAGGCGGGUGAAGAUCCGUGGGAGGAACACGCGAGAUGGUAUCCUGGGUGCAAAUACCUGGGAGAAGAAAAGGGACAAGCUUUUGUGAACGGCGUUCAUUUAAAGCCUUUGCCACAGGAAUCAACUGCAGAACAGCCUGAGAAAGUUUUAACUAUUGAAGAUGAAGAGCAGCUGCACAGCCAGGCGAUCCAGAGCGCGUUGCAAAUGGGAUUCGGCGCGGAGGAAAUCGGCCAAAUGGUGGAGAGGAAGGAGCGCCUUUCGGCCGAGCGCUACCAAUCGGUUGAGGCACUGGUCACAGACUUAAUCGCUGCCCAGAGGGAUAAUUCACCCAGUGCGCACUUAGAAAACCAUCUGCAGAAAGAUCUCAGUACAGAAGAGAAGUUGAAACGUCUGGAGGAAGACAAGAUCUGCAAGAUCUGCAUGGAUAAGCUUCUCUCCGUGGUCUUCAUUCCUUGCGGACACCUGGCUUGCCAAGAGUGCGCCAAGGUGGUGGAGAAGUGUCCCUGGUGUUGUAAGAUCAUUGCAAACCGGCAGAAGAUCUUCAUGCCCUAAUUGGGGGGGCUCCGGCGGCGAGAGAUUCCAUGAAAACAAAAACAACCACCCCCUCCCAGCCCCCGCAAAAAAAAAUAAUCCAAAAGCUAACCCAGAUUGGCAGGGGUGACCUCCGAAAUGGAUUUAGCGAGAGUCGGCUAAUUUAAUUGGACGGGCACCGGGUUGCAUGGUGGGAUGAAUCGGCGAGAGAGAGUGAGUGUGGAUCGGAUUAUUUCCAUCCUACGGUUUUAAUCAGAGGUGCUUUUUCCAUCGGGGCAGGGAUCUUUUCGGUAUUUCGUCAUGUUUUCGGUGGGUGGAGAGAUAUAUCUUGCAACUUUGGGGGGUUCUUGGUGUAUUUUUGGAGGGGUUUCCCCCCCCCCUUCCGUUCUUGUAGACUUCAUAACCGAACAACCUGCAAAAGUGCACCAAGAAAUGAACAGGGUUGGUCACCUCUUUUGUCCACUUUACGACCUGUGGACUUCAAACUCCCAGCGUUCUCGGCUGAGGCAUUCUGGGAGUUGAAGUCCACAGGUCGUUGUCAUCUGUAUUGUCCGAAUAGUCCCCCACCCCACCCCCAAGGCCCUUUCUCAACCUUCAGAUUGUCAGAAUGGCUGAACUUGCUCCGGACUGCCCGUCUGAAAGUUGCGUUCUUUUUAAUUGUGUUAGCGUGCAAUGCCAGCAACUUUCUGCCUAUCCCUGUUGAAGUCUGAAGCGGUAUAAGCCAGACGCGCAAAGGCCAACACAAAAGGCUGAAUGGAAAAGGGCGUGAAGAAUUAUCGUAGAAAACAAAGAGAAGAGGUGGUGGACCUUGUACGUCUCUUGAUUUUUCCAUCCGUUCAAAGGAUGGAAAAGCAGCAACAAUCGCUCUGUUUUACAAACCCAAUCCCUUUUCCUUGAGUCUGUCUCUUGUCGUAGGGGCUUUUUCGCUGACCUGACUGACAGUUGUGGAAAAGAGGGGAGAACCUCUUGAUACCCCUUUUGUAUCCCAGUUCAAAGGCUUGCCUGUGUUCUAGCAAGUCCUCCAUAGGUGGAGUAACUGGAAUUGCAGAAACUUAGGAUAAAAACCUGACUUUUAAGUUUUCCCAUUUCAGUUUGCAUAAAGGCAUCGUAACAGAGGCUUUGGGAUCCGGGUGUCAACGGCAAAGUUUGUGCAGUGAGCAGCACAUCGGUUGGGAUAAGUUGGUGGCGUGCCCGUAGAUUCGUGCGAUAGAUGAAGCAGAGUUUUGCAGGUGGUUUUUUUUUUUUAAUUUAAUCAUUUAUGGGUAGAAGUGAGCUGCUAUUCUGGGAUACCAGGUUCUCCCCUGAAGUAAAGGAUGCAUCAGGUAGCUUGUUGAUAUUGGUGGCUUUGAGAGAACACUGGAAGGAAUACCCGGGAAAUGGAUGCCAUCCUUUCAUUCAGAAGUUGAGUGGCAGAUUAUCCGUGUUUCCCCCUUGCACUAGAUACUAUAUUAGGUGGCAAAACAUAAACUGAAUGUAAUAUUAAUUGAUUUCAACCUCAGUUGCCUCUUUAGGGAGGAAAGAGUGAGGACCGGCUAAUAACUUUGCAAUUCCAGGAGAAUAAAUGGGAUGUUCAGUUUUUAAUUUUACUUCUUUGCCUUCCUGAAAUGGCUUAUAGGGAUUGCUAGGAUGCAAAAAAAAAUCCCUCAAGCACCCAGGAUAAUAAAUCCCCUUUUGAGAUUUAAAAUAGUCCUCUUCCUCGUUUUGUGCUUCCCGAUGCUUUCCUAAGUGAUAAAACCCCUAUUUUGUUACUCCUAUCUUGCUAAAACGAUCUAGCUGUUUUACCUUAUUUUUUUUUCCUUUUUAAAAACAACCGCUGCAUUUUUAUUUAUUGACAUAUUUAUUUGAAAACUUGUUUAAAAAAAGAAGAAGAAAAAAAAACCACUUUCGUGGCACAAACCGGCUUUAAACAGGUGUGCACAACACGGAGCACUGGGGGUAGAAGACCUCUCUUUUGUAGAGUUGUGGUUGCAUUUCCUGGGAAGGAAGCUGGACUGUUUUUGAGUUUGUUGAACACUACAGUGGCAGUUCAGCUCAAAGGGGGGGUGGACUUACAACUUCUGCUGACACUUUAUGGCGAUUGCACGGGGAGGAAACCAGAAACUGACAGUUUGAACUUCAAUAAGAAUGCUGCUAAAAAAAAUCACACACACAACUUCCUUUCCAUCUAGCCAGGCCAGAUAGCUUUCAGGAAGCGGGACCUUUAAACUCCUGGAUGGCUGCCAAUUAAAAAAAAGUGUUAAAUUUGGUUUUCGAGCAACGUUCCCUGAUCUGCCCCACUUAUUUCACGCUUAUUUUUUUAUAAGUGGCAUUGUUUGAAGCGACACAGCUCGUCCUCCUGUGGCCAGAUCUGAACUCAAAAAAAAAAAAAAAAAAAAGAACCCCACUUGUUAAAACAUGGCAAAGGGUUGUGUUGGGGUGGGAGUCAUUGUUGUUCCCCUGACAUCUUUGUGGGUUUCGUUUUAAACCUUUUGUUUCACGUAGAGAAUAGCAAGAACUUGUUUUACAUGGAAAUCUAUCUGGGGUACUUUUCUUCACGACAGUCGAUUUAUUUUUUUUCACCCUUU